AUGUCUUGGAAUGUGCGUGGUCUAAGUAGAUCAGAGAAAAGGAGUAAAAUUAAGAACAUCUUAAAAGAAAGAGGAGUGGAUGUGGUGUUAAUUCAAGAAACCAAGAGAAGAAAUUUAGAGGAAACCUUCAUUAAAUCUAUUUGGCCAUUUGAUAAAAUGGAAUAUAUGGGUAUAGAUGCUGAUGGCAGUGAAGGAGGACUACUGUGUAUCUGGCACCCUGAUAGAUUUAAGAUUGUUGAUUGUUGUGGCUCCAUAAAUUUUAUCAUUUUAUCAGGUACUAGUGGUCAGUCUUUUGAAUGCUCUGCGGUGAAUGUCUAUGCUCCCAACGAUGUUGGCAAAAGAAGGCAACCGUGGGAAUCUUUAAAGAAUCUGAAAAUUUCCUACCCUAAUCCUUGGUGUAUGGGUGGAGAUUUUAAUGAAAUUAGAUUUCUCAGUGAAAUGAAAGGUUGCUCUAGAAGGGAUAGAGAUAUGAAUGAUUUUAAUAAGUUGAUUAAUUGGUUGAAUCUUGUUGAUUUGCCAAUGAAGGGUAGAAGAUUUACGUGGUGUAAUGCACAAGAUGGGGAGAGAUGGAGCCAGAUAGAUAGAUUCCUUUUGGAGAGUAUUUGGCUUGAGCAGUUCUCCUUCAAGCAGUUGGGACUGCCUAGAACAAUUUCUGAUCACUGUCCUGUCAUAAUAAUAGAGGAUGAGAGGAAUUGGGGCCCAAAACCUUUCAAAUUUAUUAAUGCUUGGUUACUUCAUCCUAAUUUCAAAUCAGUAGUGAAGAGAUCAUGGGAGGAAGAAGUUCAACUGGGUUGGGCUGGGUUUAGGUUGAUGAGAAAGCUUGCAUCACUCAAAGUCAACCUCAGAAGAUGA